AUGGCUGUGCGUGUUACUAGGUCACUGAAAUGGCGAGUUGUUUUUGCAGGAAGGCAAGAGAGGGAGUAUGAGAUGACACUCAAGAGAACGUUGCAGAGUAUUUGCUUGCUCACAGUUCAUGCUAACACCACCACCUCUGUCGUGCUUCAGAUAUAUGGAAAGCGUUACAACAUUUCUGUUUUUGAAUUGUUCAAUUCAUCCAAACCUUUCAGUGGAAUGAUUUGCUUGUAUAACAGAGAUAGAAGAGAAAAACUGUCAGAAGACUUCUACUUUCACAUACUUCCAACAGAUAUGCAGGAUGCUCAGGGUUCUUUGGAUCGUCGAGGUGUUUUUUCAUUGGACACACAUUCACCAUCAGUCUGCCUUUUGAUUCAAUUGGAAAAGGCUGCUACUGAAGAAGGGGGAGUAACACCUUCUGUUUAUUCUCAUAAAGAGCCUGUGCACUUAGCUAAGAAAGAGAAGCAAAAGCUGCAAGUAUGGUCUCGAAUUAUGCCUUGUAAAGAGUCAUUUGCAUGGGCCAUGAUUCCUCUGUUUGAAGGUAACCAUGCGGGUGGUCUUAGUGAUGCUGCUCACAAAUAUUAUAUCUCAAAUCCUUUUCAAAGCAUUACGCUUGAAACGGAAACAUAA